AUGAGUGCUUAUGCAGUGGUGCAAUUUUUGAAGGGAACGCAGAAGGAAUGUGCAAUUAUUCCUCUUAUCUGGUUAACAGAUAAUAAUUCAAUCUGUUACUGGCCAAAUACUAAAUUUGAAAUCAAAUUUCAAGCAUUAGUAAAAUCUAAUGCAGUCUAUGAAUCUUCAUGGAAAAAAUUUGAUGUUAAUGCUGUUCUACAUACAACUGAUGAUUAUGACGCGGCUGAGCAAUUUAUGCAUAAUUAUAUCGAACAAAUCACUUCAUCAGAUAAUUCAACAAAUAAAACAAACAAAAUAUUGAAAAAAAUAAUAUAGUUGAAUCUAAAAGUGAUGAAUCAGAGAAUAGCGAUUCGAGUACCACUUCGCCAACUACAAAACGUAAGAAGAAACAUAAAGAUUCGAAAAUGUCAUCUGAAAAACGAAAGAGAAUUGUGAGAAAAUCGAUUUCAGCCUCAAGUAUUGAUUCAGAAGAUACAGAAAAUACAGAAGAUUCUUCAACAAGUGAAAAUUC